CUCGACCUGCCCCAACCCCAUCACUAAGACCAUAUGGUAACAGACCUGUUCACGAACCAUAGCGCAGCACUUUUUUCGCGUUUUUUUUUUCUUGUUACCUUACUUGUUGAGUCGGGGUUCAUGAUCACCCAUUUAGUCACGACUAGGAGUAGAUAAGCAAUACUAAUUUCACCUGGACCCUUGUAUUCCUCCCGUUGGUGACCACUUCUUUUCCCUACCUGUUGCCCUGACACCUCGCAAAACCCCCGGGCGGGAGUUUGUCUAUUAGUGCUCCAUCUUGCCCUCACUUGGUCAAACCACUGAGUCUCCUUCUCGCGAUGCUGUACAGGCCAUAGACAGCAGAGAAACGCCAAGUUUUCGGGUUCUGGACCUUUGAUACGGCCUCCACCAUGUCUCUCUUUGGGGUCUCUUCGCGUUCUGCACUGCCGCCGGACGAGUAUGACCACGAGAUUACUCUAGUCGAUUCGACUCAGCCUCCGGAGCCUGGAGACAUUACGCCCUCGCGGACAUUGUCCUCCAAUGGAGGAAGAGACUCGGUUGGACGACGAGCAGCUCUGAGACAGGAAUUGGCUCGACGCAAAUACGCCAAAUGGCAAGAAGAAAGAUACAACAGUCCCGGUGGUAAGAAGGGACGGCUUUCUGCAGCAGGGUCUGCUUCAGCCAGUGAUACCGAGGCGCCCGGUCCGAGCGGAACUAUGAGGAGUACAACAGCGUCUGAUAUGAAUCUGGGUCUCCCAAAAAGCUCCAGUGGACGAACGGCUGAAGUUGACGUACUUUAUGAGAAUCAGCGUGGGGUAUUUUUCUUCGGCAUACCGCUUUAUUCGAGCAAUUCGCUGCUCAACCUUGAUCCAGCAGCCUGGGUGAAUGCGUCUUUUAAAGAAAGCGCCGUAAACAUCACCAAUGCGCAAGUACCAGAUCCCAGCUGGGAAUGGGCCUGGAAGUGCUGGUACGUAGACAUGUCUUUGGACGUUGACGAGGACGGGUGGCAAUACUCGUUUUCUUUUCAGCCACGGUUUGCUUGGCAUGGUCGACAUGUCUGGUUCCAUUCGUUUGUCCGGCGACGGCGGUGGAUUCGGAAGCGGGUUAAGAAACACCCCUCAAAGUUAGGCCGGGGAAGGGACAUGGAUCGCCCAAGCAGCGCUGCUCAAGCCCACCUGUUGACGCCAGACUACUUUACCAUUCACUCUCCGAGGGAGCGCAGCCCUGCCUCGUCCUACAAUAUCUCAUCCUAUGACGGUUCUCUACGCGGCGCCCGGAGCAUUGAACGAAUGCGACGCGAACAGGAAUUUGAAGAGAUUAGAGACCUCCCAACCUUGACACGGGCAUUGAAGCAAGCUAAAGUCGACCGAGAGAAACACGAUGCAAUAAUCAGAUUCUUGAAGUAUGGCGGAGAAGAGAUAUUCUAUCUUGAAGAGAAGAUGCCGGCUAUUAUGCACUCUUUCCUCUAUCAGACGUCUAGACGCCAGCUCCUCGGCAGCCUUGCGCACAUCUUUGACGAAGCAGCAUCGCAUCGUGACGAGCAUCUCAAGCGAGGCGAGCCAGAAAACGACGAAGAGAAGCGAAGAAUUGACAAUCUCAUGAAUGCUGUCAAGGCUGCAGAUGCAGAAGUCCGCAAGCUCGAGUACUGGAGCGAUAUUCGGUCGGUUGCGCAGCAAGGCGAGUCAAAAGGUGCUUCGGAUUCGUCGCAGGGCUGGGGUCACGAGUGGACCGGCCUUGAUUCGAGUGGCCCCGCGACUUUGGGCCAUUUGGCUCCAUUUGACGGCCUCGACGACUCUGAUAAAGUAGAUUUCGCUCACAUUCACGGUGAAGGGGCCACCAGUGAGGGAGCGAAUGGAGACGAGAAGGUCGAAGAGGCAGAUGAUGAAGAUGAAGAAAAGCCCGUACACGAGGAAGAGGACAAAGAAGCCGCAGAGCAAAAGACUGAUGAUGACAAAGCCGAAGGAUCUCACGAGAAUGAGCAAGAAGAGAGGGAUGAUGGUGACAACAGUGGCGACGACAACGACGAAGAAGGUGAAGAAGCAGACGACGAAGAAGAAAACGAUGACGAUCCACCGGAAAGCGGUGAUGAGCGUGCAGAGCACGAGCGACAACACGGGCCGCACGACGACGAUGUGGAUUAAUCGUUGUUCAUGGAUUCCUCGUGACUCCGUGUAUAUCUUUGUAGCUGUGUAUACUGUAUCCUUUUGGUUCUGUUUUAUUUUUGUCUCUUCCAUUUUUAUUUACCCACCUUAUCGAUAUGAUACCCUGCUUUCCUAUUAUCAAAAUGCUUCACUUGCAUCAGCAUUAGCGCCCUUU